UUAUUAAAUUGCUUAAAAGUUACUCUGAGGAGGUUUAAUUACUGAGGUCAACCCCUUCUUCAUCUGUUACGUAAACUGUUCGGACAAAAAUAUGCCAAACACAUUUCAAAUUUUAAUCUCAAAGUACGUUUUUGAUUUUUUUGUUUUACAAAAAUUGUUAUGAUAUUGAUAAAUUAAAUUUUCCUGCUUAUAAUUCUGAAAACCAAAAAGUAUUUAGCUAUCAUAGCAUGCGAACUUUAAGGCGUAGACGGGCCUACACAAAGGCUUCCUGGACAUUCAAGGGUCACACAGCGCGGCGAAGGAGGAAAUAUCAUGCAAAUUCCAUUUUUAUGCAUGAUUCAACGAUGAGGGAUUUCAAUUUGGACAAUUUCAAUGAAGUUAUUCGCACUCAUAAAUCAAGGAGAGACGAAUGGAGGGGCGCUUGGAGAGUGAUGCCGAAGGAUUCGUGUGAAGUUUACAGAAAGAGGCAGAGGAAGAACGAAGAAAGAGAAGAGACUGAACAUUCGAGCGACGAGCAGACAGACACUGACGAGCCGAUGGGAAGGAAAAUGACGAGGAAAUUGACUGAUAGAAAGAAUGGAAGGAAUGCGCGACGAACCGCACGCAAACGCAGAAGAUAUAAACAACGAAAUAAUGAUGACUCGUCCGUCUCAUCACACUCCACUACUCACUCUUCAACAUGCACCAGCUAUUCAGAGAUGGAUUAUGGUGAUUAA